AGGGAGCUGGAGCUGCGCUUCGCCGUCUCGGAGGUGCCGGCCGUGGUGGUGCUGAAGCCCAGCGGGGACGUCCUGGUGGCCAACGCCGUGGAGGAGAUCCAGAGGAUGGGGCCCAGCUGCUUCCAGAACUGGUGGGAGGCCGCCGAGAUCCUGGACAGGAAUUUCCGCCUGGCCGAGGAUUUCGACAGAAGCGCCCGCAGGAGCUUCACCCACCCCCUGCGCCGCCUCAAGUACAAGCUGGACAAGGAGCAGGAGCAGGAGCAGGACAGGGACAGGGACAGGGACAGGGAAGAGGGGGAGGAAGAGCCUUAACAACUCCAGCAGCUCCGUGGGAUCCACGGGAUGACCCCACCGGGAACGUCCCUCCGGUCACCGCCAACCCCCGAAUCUCCAGAACUGGUUCGAACGUAGAAAUCCGCCUAAAAACUCCUCAAUUUUCCAAAAAAAAGGAAAAAAAAAUCCUCCAGGAAUUAUAUUAUGGCAAAAUUCCACUCCCACAUCCGGCUUUUCCCGCCUGGAAAGUCGUGGUAAUUGAGAUAUUCCCGCCCGGAAUGUCGCCGUAUUUCCUGAUGUCGUCUCGGGAUCUGGCGCCGGAAAAAUCUUGCCGGGGAACCUCAGGCAUUUCUUCACCAAAAUUGGGGUUAAAAGUAACGGGUUUGGGGUUUAUUUACCAGGGAAUGGGAGGAGAAAAGUGAUUCCCGGGGGCCAGAAUUCCGGGAAUGACCAUAAACAGCUCAAAAACUGGGAAUGGCAUUAAAAAGGCCCAAGGGAGGAGGAGAAGGGAGGGAGAAUCAACGGCCAACGGGAAGGGAAUCCCAAGGAUAGACCAAUGCAGGGGUUUUUUUUUGGGAUCCACGUGCAAUUCCAGAGAAAUUCCCACGUUUGUGCUGUAAAAACAGCGAAAAUCGGCAUUUUGGACGAAUCCCGAGUUGCUCUGUGGUGGGAAUUCCAACAAGCAGGGAAUUCUGCGGCUGGAAUAUUCCUGCUAUCCAUAAUCUCCUGAAAAGCAGGAGAAUGGGGGAGGAGGGAAAAAAAAAAAAAAGAUAAUUUGGCAAUUUUUAGUCCCCAGCGUUUCACCAGAAGGUGAUUUUUUUGGGGGAUUGGGAUGGAAUUUCUGGAUGCAGGGAAGGUCUGGGAGGUUGAGGAGGGACAGAGAUCCCACUCGGUUUUCUCCCGGAAUCCUCCCCCUCCUCCCGCAGUAAAUCCAAGGAAAUUAAGGAAUUAAGGAAAACUAAAUCCCAAACGAAGAGGCUGGAGGAGUGGGAGGGAUGGGAAUGGGAGAAACGAGAAGAAUAAUUGGAUUUAAUCAUCAUUAAUUAGCAGUUGGGGUGUCGAUUGGGCUGCUCGUCCCCAGGGAGUUGGGAAUUUAAAAUAUAAAUAAUUAAAUGAGAGGAGAAUAAAUAAAAGGGAGAAUAAAGGAAGGGGCAAUAAAAGGACAAGAAAUAAAGGAACGAUAAAUGAAAGGACAAUAAAAGGACAAUAAAUAAAAGGACAAUAAAAGGUCAAUAAAUAAAAGGACAAUAAAAGGUCAAUAAAUGAAAGGACAAUAAGUAAAAGGGCGAUAAAAGGUCAAUAAAUGAAAGGACAAUAAAUAAAAGGACGAUAAAAGGACAAUAAAGGACAAUAAAAGGUCAAUCGAAGGACAACAAAAGGACAAUAAAGGUCAAUAAAAGGUCAAAAAAUGAGGGUCAAUAAAAGGAUAAUAAAAGGUCAAUAAAAGGACUAUAAAGGUCAAUAAAAGGUCAAUAAAUGAGGGUCAAUAAAAGGAUAAUAAAAGGUCAAUAAAAGGACUAUAAAGGUCAAUAAAAGGUCAGUAAAUGAGGGUCAAUAAAAGACAACAAAAGGAUAAUAAAAGGACAACAAAAGGACAAUAAAAGGUCAUUAAAUGAGGGUCAAUAAAAGACAACAAAAGGAAAACAAAAGGACAAUAAAUGAACAAUAAAAGGACUAUAAAGGUUAAUAAAUAAAGGACAACACAAGACUAUAAAGGACAGCAAAGGUCAAUAAACAAAGAACAAUAAAAGACAAUAAAAAGAUCAAUAAAAGGACAAAAAAAUAAUGAAAUUACACUUUCCACCUGAAAAUA